CAGUAUUAUUUGGUUUUGCGGAAUCUGAAUUUCCUUGUGAUAGUUCUGUGAAAUUCUUUCUGAUAAGACGAUCAAGUUGUUGAGACGCAGCCCCCAGGAGCAGAGAUGAAGGGUCUGUUAGCUUAUUUGGUGGCCUUUUUGGUGGUUGCCUCUGGGAUCCCUUCAGGACUGUCUUACAACACAGCGCCAGCUUUCCUCUGGUCACCACAUUACCAUCAUGUCAAGGCAGCCGUCAAUUACCAGACUAUCUCUCCAAAGGAUUUGGCAAAGUCUGUGCUUUCAGAAGGGGGCUGGUCGAACUUGCUGUGUCCUAGCAACGAAGUUCAUCAGCCUUUGGAUCUUGCUCUUGUCUUUGUUGGUACAGAGUUGCAAUCUUCGGAUAUUUCUGCAAGCAAACAUGCUGAUCCAGCUCUUGUGGACUUGCUCAAAGUCUCUUUCACACGAUCAAAUUUCUCUAUGGCAUUCCCCUAUAUUUCUACAUCAGAGAAGGAUACCAUGGAAAGUUCUCUAUUGUCAGGGAUGUCAGAUAUUUGUGGGCAGAAUUUUGGACUCAGUAAUGUUCGUUUCUCAGAGUCAUGCUCUAUGGAGGGUGAUAAUGUUCAAAAGCUUUCAGACCUGCAAUCAGUCCGUAAUUAUCUUGUUUCGAGGAUGGAGAAGAGAUCAAAUGGUGAAGCAGAUUUGGUGGUGUUCUGCCACAGAGGAUCUGAUUCUUCAAACGAACUAGAACACCCACAUCCAGAGAGUAAAAUUUUCUCUGAGAUUAUUAGUUCCGUGGAUCAGUCUGGUGCAAAGUAUGCAGUUCUUUAUGUUUCAGACCCCAUUAAAUCAAUCCAGUAUCCUUCUCAUCGAGAGUUAGAAAGGUUUCUUGCUGAAAGUUCUGGAAAUGCAUCAGCCAAUUCGACAGCCUGUGAUGAAGUUUGUCAGAUCAAAUCAUCACUUCUGGAGGGACUUCUAGUUGCAAUUGUUCUGCUUAUAAUAUUAAUAUCAGGCAUCUGCUGUAUGAUGGGCAUUGACACUCCAACGAGAUUUGAGGCACCCCAAGAGUCUUAACUGAUUGCAUGUGCAUGAUUUCUCUUAUCUGAUGUGGUGCUGGUUAAUGUUGGGUCUCACUGGUUUGAGCAUCACUCAAAGCAGUUGCAUGUUAUAUAUAGUUGCAGGGGGUGGUUGUUGCCUUGUAAUUUUGUUCAGGGUUAUUCUAUUAUGUUGGUAAUAAUGCAUGUCCCAUUUAGGUUAGUUUGUAGAAGCAUGUGUCUUCAUGGUAAUGGUUUUGACUUGCCUAUGUAAUUGAAUAACUACUGAGUUUUUUUUAUCAUUUAUUAUGAUAGGGAAGAAAAACAGAAUAAUAUACCAUUGCCUCUUGUGCAAGAGCUAAUCAUGAUUUGUACCCCAACCCCCAU